GUUCCCAACUCAAAAUGAGAGCAAACAAAGAUAAAAAAACAAGAACAGCAACGACAAUGCGACCGUCGUCUCCGCCGAGAAGACGGACCCAAACCACCACCACCACCGCACCCUCUGCCUCUGUUCUGGAUAGUGAACUCCUGACUGAGGAAGAAACUACAACUUUCUUUAGAAACCUUCAAAUUUCAUCUCCAGAUUCGAGCGCAAAUCCUAGGAGUUUCCCGUACAGCGUGAAGCAACAGUGCUGGGAAAAGGCGGAGAAGGUCAGAGGACGAGACCCAGAUCGCUGGCGGAGAGACGCUGUCGGUAACAUUGUUUUUAGAAAGCUUGUGGGCUGUCCCGGUUGUUUGUGCCAUGAUUACGAUCAUAUUUUGCCUUACUCCAAGGGGGGGAAAAGCACGCUGGAAAAUUGUCAGGUUUUACAAGUAUGA